AUGCCCCAAGCGAUGACGCCAGGAGAUCUGGUCGACGCUUCCCGCCAUGAUUUUCAACAUGGCACCCCAAACCAUUCGGGAUCUGCCCCUGGCAAGCAGGCAGAGCUUGUCGUUCGGAACCCUCGCCUCCCGCACAUCACACAGGGCUUCAUCGAGCUGAGAUUGCUUGUUUCUCGACUGGUACAGGAUUCGCACAAUAGGUUACAAGGGAUGAUCGGCCUGUUGGCAGAAGGGGGACGGUCGGAUGGGGACAAGAAGGCGCGCAUAAUAGAGCACAUGCUGGAGAGGCGGAAACAAUUUAUCAAACUACUGGUUUUGACCAUGUGGGCGAAAAAUGCGCAGGCGGUUAGUGAGGUAAUUGAUCUCAAGGUUUUUCUGGAUACUCGACAGGAAAUUUUCCACAGGGUGGUCUGGAACCUCUACGAGGUCAGGAGGAAAAUGAGUUAUGCUAGAAUUCCUAACCCCGACCUCGACACCGCCGUGCGGGUACUAUCCACGGGUCGGGCGAAUACUGCGAUGACUAGGCGCUAUGUCCCACCUAAGAAGUUGACAUCCGGGGAAACGUUGAAAAUAUUACGAGAUCUCAACACGCUACUCUCUCUACGGCUUGCCCUUCACGAGAAACUGCCGCCUUAUUUCCGGGACUACACGAUUGCAUCUGGCCGUGUGACCUUCACCGUCGCCGAUGAGUUUGAAGCGGAUCUAUCCAUUGGGGACGAAGACCCGACAUCCCAGUUAUAUCUGGUCGAUUUCCGCUUUAUAUUUAAACCAUCGGCCUCAACCCUCCCAGCCGGCCGCAUCAGGGAUGAGGUUGAAAGAACUGGCAAUAAAAUCUUGGAGCAGAAGGGACUGGAAGGAAUCUACGACUACUUGCAUGGGUUCGUCAUGACAGACAAGAUAUGCACACUUGCCCGCCAGUUCCAGAUAAUGCUCACAGGCAGAUGGACUGAGAACUUGGUAGUCGAGAUGCGCAAGAGGACAUUGGUUGUACAAUACUGGGUCAGUAGGGUUACAGAGGGCGCAACCAAGAGCUGGAUCGAGGUCGGUAUUAAGCGUGGCACCGGAGGGAGGCCAAGCCAUGUCGGCGUGCGAUGGAUACGCGAUGGGAAAGCGGUCCAAGAUCAGGAAGUUCCUCUGGACGUAGCGGUUCUAUCUGCUGAGAACCUGAUCAAAACCGUAGUUGCUAUGCACACCAAACACAUACUCACCUCGAUACGGGGCCGGCUCGCGCAUUCGCCAGUAUUCCCGCUAUCGGCCAUGGUCCUAACCACUCAUUCAACGGACUCGUUUAAUUCCUCACUAAAACUACAAUUGACACCUUCAAGACCAAUCAAGUUUCUGAUUGAACCCAUCACAGGCCGAUUUGCAUUGCACCCACUCACCAUGGUGUCGACACAUGUCGAAGCUGCAAUGAAUAAUUCACCCACCGGUGUCGAGGAGGUGAUCAUAAGGCUGAAAUUCGUGUUAACACAGGAGGAGGUUGAGACCAGGGCUCGCAGCAUGGGAUGGGAGGUAUUGAAGGUGCUUAAUAUUCGAAAAGAGGAGCUCAAGGGAUUCUUCCCAAAUAGUACCAAGUACAUAACAUAUCUCAGGAGGAAAGGCUGGGGGAAGGAAUGGGUCGUUGUUAUGGUUCUGGCAGAGACAGGCCAGACCUGGUGGGUUGCUAAAGUAUACGAGGCUCCCAGCCAAUGGUCCAUGAGCAUGGCCCUUGAGAUCCCCGUGCAGGGCGAAGCCAACGCUACGUACGGUUUCCUAGGAAACCUGGAGAAAAUUUCAUCGGCGAUGAUAACCCUAUACGUCAAUCAAUCAGUACUAGUUGAGAAGGGAGUGCAGCACAAGCUCCAGCCCAGCAAGGUAGCCGAUCCCAAACUCACCAUCCCAGACCUAUAUAUCCGCUUCUCUAGCCUGAUCCGCGCAAACUGGGGCAUCGACGUCCUGCGAUUAACCUUCCAGGGGCUAGGAACAGAGGGGAAAUGUAUCGUGACGGUCCUCGGCAGAACCAAAGAACCAAUGACCCAACUUGGCUCGACAAACAUCUCAGCAGCAGACAGCGAUGUCUCCUUUCACCCACAAUCCGGCAGCUAUGCAAUAAGGUUUAACAUUAAUGUUGGCGAAUCGGUCAUAGAGCCGCUAACAGAGAAGCUCCACCGCAUAGAACGUCUGAUCCGCUUCGUCGCCGUGAUCCGGAGAUUCAAACUCCCAUGCUUGGACGUCUCCCUGGGCAGGAUCGCCUUCACGUACGACACCGAAUCAAACUCCUCAGCAGAAGUCAGCUUCUCCGGUGAUCGCGAGAUGAAGCUCCACCUCCCACCCCGAAGCCCGCAUAUCCGUAUCAAAGGCUUCCUAGAACACAGACUCAACGUCUCGGGCUUAGAAACUGUUGUAAUGGCACUAACGGUAACACUUCCACUCCUUCUCGCUUUCGAAAGGAUCGAGGCGGCCGUCGGCGACAGGAGUGACGGCCACGUCUUCGUGCUCUCCAGGGGCGUGGAUUGGUUCCGCAUCUACUAUCGGCGCCUCGGCGUGGUUCUCGAUUGGCAGCUCCAGUGUCGCAAGAGCGUGCUACAUUGGUUUGUGCGCGACGCCGCGAGCAGCAAUCCCGAAUCCGAGGCCGAGAUCGUGGGUGGGGAGGGCAGACGUAAGGCUGAGGAAUUGAAGGGCAUCUGGAGCGGCGAGGUGGAGGGGGAUUGGGAGCCGUUGAAGAGUGGGGCUGCUGCAGGACUACGCGAGGUAGGGGCUCUGGCUUGGAAGAUCCAUGAGUUGAUUUAUGCGGGGAGGCGCGCGAUAUCGUAAGAGGGGAAAAGGGCCAGAGGGGAGGCUGUACCAUUAGCUUCAUUCUUUCUUCUGUCAUUUUUUACCGCUUUUCCAAAUUCCUUUCUUUCUGUUACACCCACCGCUGCUACCACCACCACGGCUAAGCGUAACGACACGAAAAUAGCUAUUACCUAGAUGGCCCAUGGGCCUUUCCCCUCCUCAUCUCUCUCUUUCUCUUCCCUCUCUCAUCCUACCACUUAUUUCCUCGGAGGUGUCUCACGCACAGUCUCUCCUGUUCGAUCUCCCAUCCUCUUUCUCCACCCCCUACCCACCUAAUUCCUGGCCCGGUGUGGUGUGGGAUUGGUGGGCGGUUCGAAACGGAUUAUUUUUAAUUAUUUUUUUCUUUCUUUCAACUGUCCGAUUCUAGGGCUGGAGUUUUGCUUUUUUUCUUCCUUUUUCCUCUUCUCAUCAUACAAACAUCAAAACUUAUUUCUAGUUCUCUUUUUUUAUCUUUCAUGUUAUGUCAUUUGAUGGCGGGGGUGCGCGG